GACGAGUACCCCGCGGCGUACUUACGGAGUGAAAACGAAUUUAUCGAUAGCUCUCCCGAAUGCUUUAUCUUCAACCACAAUCUUGAUCUCGAGAAAUUUCAACAGAUCAGACAACAUGGAGGCAAUCAUCAACAAGUUCGAGACCGUUCUCGGUGGGGUCAACUCUACCGGAAAGUCGGUUCUGCUGCUCGGUGCUGGCUUCGUCACCCGCCCAACUGCUGAGAUCCUUGGCAAGUCUGGUGUCAAGGUCGUCGUAGCCUGCAGGACGCUCGAGAAGGCACAGGCUCUUGCCAAGGGCAUCCCCAACGCAGUCGCCAUCAGCCUCGACGUCAACGAUGCUGAGGCCCUCGACGCUGAGGUCGCCAAGGUCGACGUCGUCAUCUCCCUGAUCCCUUACACAUUUCAUGCGACCGUCAUCAAGUCGGCCAUCCGCAAGAAGAAGGAUGUUGUCACAACCUCAUAUGUCUCGCCUGCCAUGAUGGAGCUCGAUGCCGAGGCCAAGGCCGCCGGCAUCACCGUCAUGAACGAGAUCGGUCUUGACCCCGGAAUCGACCACCUAUCGGCCGUCAUCACCAUCGACGAUGUCCACAAGGAGGGAGGCAAGAUCCUGUCCUUCAAGUCAUACUGCGGUGGUCUCCCCGCGCCCGAGUCCUCGGACAACCCUCUUGGAUACAAGUUUUCGUGGAGCUCCCGCGGUGUCCUGCUGGCGCUGAGGAACGCUGCCAAGUACUGGCAAGACGGCCAGGUCAAGGAGGUUGAGGGACCUGAGCUUAUGGCCGAGGCCAAGCCCUACUUCAUCUAUCCCGGCUACGCUUUCGUUGCCUACCCCAACCGUGACUCCACUCCCUACAAGGAGCGCUACAACAUUCCCGAGGCCCAGACCAUUGUUCGUGGUACUCUCCGCUACCAGGGUUUCCCCGAGUACAUCAAGACCCUCGUCGACAUUGGCUUCCUUGUUGAGGACGAGAAGGACUUCCUCAAGGAGGGAGAGCAGCGCCCAUGGAAAGACGCCACAGCCAAGAUCGUCGGUUCGUCGAGCGACAAGAAGGAGGACAUCGUCUGGGCCAUUAGCUCGCGCCACAAGUUUCCCUCAACCGAGGAGAAGGAGCGCAUCAUCGCUGGUCUUGAGUGGAUCGGUCUUUUCUCUGACGAGAAGAUCAUCCCCCGCGGCAACCCGCUCGACACUCUCUGCGCUACCCUCGAGAAGAAGAUGCAGUACGAGAAGGACGAGCGCGACUUCGUCAUGCUCCAGCACAAGUUCGAGAUCGAGAACAAGGACGGCAGCAAGGUCAUCCGCACAUCUACCCUUGCUGACUACGGUGACCCUAAGGGCUACUCUUCCAUGGCUAAGCUGGUCGGUGUUCCCUGUGCGGUCGCUGUUCAGCAGGUUCUUGACGGCACCAUCAAGGAGAAGGGUAUCCUUGCGCCCAUGGAUCCUGCUAUUUGCAGGCCACUCAUGAAGGUUUUGGAGGACAAGUACAACAUCCGCUUCAGGGAGAAGACUGUUGCCGCAUAGACCGAUGUUACGCUAGGACGUGUUUGGAACCAUAGAUUGAGGAUUCCAAGGGUGUUCGUAGUAGUGUAGACAAAUGCAACUCAUAUUCACAUCCAA